AUUGAACUCACUAUGUGGAAGCUGACCUUGAAAUUGUGAUCUUCGUGACUCAGCUUCUAGGUUAAAGAGGAGGUGGCCAAGUUGGAGAAGCACUUGAUGCUUCUCCGACAAGAGUAUGUCAAGCUUCAGAAGAAACUGGCAGAGACAGAGAAGAGAUGCACUCUUUUGGCCGCACAAGCGAACAAGGAAAGCAGCAGUGAGUCGUUCAUCAGCCGCUUGCUGACAAUAGUGGCUGACCUCUAUGAGCAGGAGCAGUACAGUGAUCUGAAGAUCAAGGUUGGGGGCAGGCACAUUAGUGCUCACAAAUUUGUCCUGGCAGCCCGCAGUGACAGCUGGAGUUUGGUCAACUUGUCUUCCACUGAGGAGCUGGACCUGUCAGAUGCUAAUCCUGAGGUGACAAUGACAAUGCUUCGCUGGAUCUAUACGGAUGAAUUGGAAUUCAGGGAGGAUGAUGUGUUCCUGACUGAAUUGAUGAAACUAGCAAAUCGGUUUCAACUACAGCUCCUUAGGGAGAGAUGUGAGAAGGGCGUUAUGUCUCUGGUGAAUGUUAGGAACUGCAUUCGCUUCUAUCAGACUGCGGAGGAACUAAAUGCCAGCACACUGAUGAACUACUGUGCAGAAAUUAUUGCAAGUCACUGGGAUGAUUUACGAAAGGAGGACUUCAGUAGCAUGAGUGCUCAAUUGUUAUACAAAAUGAUCAAAUCCAAGACAGAAUACCCAUUACAUAAAGCUAUCAAAGUGGAAAGAGAAGACGUGGUCUUCCUUUAUCUGAUUGAAAUGGAUUCACAGCUCCCAGGGAAGCUGAACGAAGUGGAUCAUAACGGAGACCUUGCAUUAGAUCUAGCACUUUCACGACGACUAGAGAGUAUUGCCACCACGCUGGUUACUCAUAAAGCAGAUGUAGACAUGGUAGACAAGAAUGGCUGGAGCUUGUUACAUAAAGGCAUCCAAAGAGGAGAUGUCUUCGCUUCUACUUUCCUUAUUAAGAAUGGGGCCCUUGUCAAUGCUGCUACAUUAGGGGCACAGGAGACACCAUUACACCUUGUGGCAUUGUAUAGUUCAAAGAAACACCCAUCAGAGACGAUGUCUGAGAUGGCACAGAUUGCAGAGGCCCUUCUGCAGGCUGGUGCAAACCCCAACAUGCAGGACAACAAGGGCAGGACACCUUUACACUUGUCCAUUAUGGCCAGGAACGAAUAUGUAUUUAAUCAGCUGCUGCAGUGUAAACAAUUAGAUUUAGAACUGAAAGAUCAUGAGGGCAGCACAGCUCUGUGGCUUGCGGUACAGUACAUCACAGUGACUUCAGACCAGUCUGUAAACCCGUUUGAAGACCUCCCUGUGGUAAAUGGGACUUCGUUUGAUGAAAACAGCUUUGCAGCCAGACUCAUUCAGUGUGGCAGCAACACUGAUGCACCUGAUACAGUGACAGGAAAUUGUUUACUACAGCGGGCAGCUGGAGCAGGAAAUGAGGCAGCGGCUCUUUUCCUGGCAACCAAUGGUGCCCACGUCAACCACAAAAACAAGUGGGGAGAGACUCCAUUGCACACGGCUUGUCGGCAUGGCCUGGCCAAUCUCACAGCAGAGCUCCUGCAGCAGGGUGCCAACCCAAACCUGCAGACGGAGGAGGCUAUGCCUUUGUCAAAGUCAGCUGUGUCCCUGACCAACUCCAUGGACAAUGUCUAUCUGCAGACGCCACUGCACAUGGCAAUUGCCUACAGUCAUCCAGAUGUGGUGUCCAUCAUUCUUGAGCAAAAAGCCAAUGCUCUUCAUGCUAUCAACAACUUGCAAAUUAUACCGGACUUUAGCCUCAAGGAUUCCCGAGACCAGACUGUGCUGGGCCUGGCAUUAUGGACUGGCAUGCACACGAUUGCAGCCCAGCUGCUGGGCUCCGGGGCUUCCAUCAAUGACACCAUGUCAGAUGGGCAGACUCUGCUGCACAUGGCCAUCCAGCGGCAAGACAGCAAGAGUGCGCUCUUCCUCUUGGAACAUCAGGCAGAUAUAAACAUCAGCAGGACUCAAGAUGGGGAGACUGCCCUUCAGCUGGCCAUCAGAAAUCAGCUUCCGCUGGUGGUUGAUGCCAUAUGCACCCGAGGAGCUGACAUGUCUGUUUCAGACGAGAAAGGGAACCCCCCACUGUGGCUUGCAUUGGCAAAUAAUCUGGAAGACAUCGCAUCCACUCUGGUCAGACAUGGUUGUGAUGCCACAUGCUGGGGUCCAGGACCUAGCGGGUGCCUUCAAACCCUCUUGCAUAGAGCCAUUGAUGAAAACAAUGAGUCCACUGCCUGCUUUCUUAUUCGCAGUGGCUGUGAUGUGAAUAGUCCCAGACAACCAGGUGCUGAGGGAGAAGGAGAGGAAGAGGCCAGAGAUGGGCAGACCCCUUUGCAUUUGGCAGCCUCAUGGGGGCUGGAAGAAACAGUGCAGUGUCUUUUGGAAUUUGGCGCCAAUGUAAAUGCACAGGAUGCAGAAGGAAGAACACCUGUCCAUGUGGCCAUCAGCAACCAACACAGUGUCAUCAUUCAGUUGUUGAUUUCUCACCCUGAUAUCCACUUGAACGUACGAGACAGACAAGGACUGACUCCAUUUGCCUGCGCCAUGACGUAUAAGAACAACAAGGCAGCCGAGGCCAUUCUAAAACGCGAGCCUGGGGCUGCUGAGCAGGUGGAUAACAAGGGCCGGAAUUUUCUUCAUGUGGCAGUUCAGAACUCUGAUAUUGAAAGUGUCCUAUUCCUAAUCAGUGUCCAGGCUAAUGUGAAUUCCAGAGUCCAGGAUGCUUCCAAGUUGACUCCUUUGCACCUCGCUGUCCAAGCAGGCUCAGAGAUUAUUGUCCGCAAUUUGCUUCUUGCAGGAGCCAAGGUGAAUGAAUUAACGAAGCACCGUCAGACUGCCCUCCAUCUUGCUGCCCAGCAGGACCUGCCGACCAUCUGCUCAGUCCUCCUAGAGAAUGCAGUGGACUUUGCUGCUGUGGAUGAGAAUGGAAAUAAUGCUCUUCAUCUUGCUAUCAUGCAUGGUCGGCUCAACAAUAUCCGGGUUCUCCUGACAGAGUGCACAGUGGACGCUGAAGCCUUUAAUCUGAGAGGCCAGUCACCACUGCACAUUUUGGGACAGUAUGGCAAAGAGAAUGCAGCAGCCAUCUUUGAUCUCUUCUUAGAGUGCAUGCCUGAGUAUCCUCUAGAUAAGCCGGAUGCAGAAGGAAACACAGUGUUGCUUUUAGCAUACAUGAAAGGGAAUGCCAACUUGUGCCGUGCCAUUGUCCGAUCUGGGGCUCGCCUGGGAGUGAAUAAUAACCAAGGAGUCAACAUUUUCAAUUACCAGGUUGCCACCAAGCAACUUCUAUUUAGACUACUAGAUAUGCUGUCUAAGGAGCCUCCAUGGUGUGAUGGCUCCAACUGCUAUGAAUGCACUGCCAAAUUUGGAGUUACAACUCGCAAACAUCACUGUCGUCACUGCGGACGUCUUCUUUGCCAUAAAUGCUCAACCAAGGAGAUUCCUAUCAUAAAGUUUGAUCUGAACAAACCUGUGCGAGUUUGCAACAUUUGCUUUGAUGUACUGACUCUGGGUGGGGUCUCUUAGUGAGUCCCAAAGAGGGUCCAGGCCACAUCUCCUGUCAUCUUCUAAGUAGCUGCUCUUCUCACCAGCCUGACCCCAACCCAGAGCCGAGCUGGCAGUCUUCCUGCACCAAGAGACUGGAAUAAUUAAGGACCAUGGUGUGAUUCCCAUUUCAAAUGAUGCUGUGUGAUUGUGAGUGUGUCAGGCUGUGAUCAGUUUCAUUAAUGUCUCACUAACUGGACCAGGCCAUUUAGCUUAAGUGGUAAAUGUGAUAGAGUUAGAUCCAUUCUGCUAGCAGCAUACAAGGACACUUUGAAACCAUUUUUUCGUCCAGUAGCUUAGUAGUAUCCAUCUCAGAGCAUUCAUGCAGUCUUCCUGCUUGGGCUGACUCACGAGGCAGAGCCUAACAGAGCUGAAAGCUGGCUCCCUAAUGGGAGCUUUACUCUAGGGUGAUUGGCUGUGGACUUUUCUGCGGUGACUUCAUAAAUAGGAUCCUCUUGCCCAUAAGUCUUCUUUUUUUUUUUAAGCUAAGGUGUAUUUUUAAUGAGCUAUCCCUUUUUAAAAGGUGAAAUCUUUCUAAACAGGGUUCAAAGAUGAGAGCUGAAAAAUCGUGGCCUUAACAACCGAAAGCUUUACCAGUGUUCAUGCUGCUGAGGUGUCAGGAGUGCGGGGUGGCAGCUUGAUUCCUCCUAGCAGCUGUCUCAUUCUCUCGUCUUGCUGCGUCCUGUCUGUGGAGUCUUCAGUUACUCUGCCACUAGAGUGGUGGAGGAAAUGCACUUUGAUUGUGCUGCACUUUUUAUAUAGCUGCGUUACUGGUGAUUUCGAUUUAAAAAUCUAUAUUCAAAAAUACCCUCAGUCAUCCUUGCAUCAGUGAUUCUAAUGUUCAGCUUUGGCUUAGCCCUACACUAGUGCUACACUAGUGCUGAAUGUAUGUUGGCGUAAGAGAUUCAUACAGGCCAAGUAAUGAGAAGAGGGAUCAGCAGGACUUCAACCCCAGAGGCAUCUCCAGCUUCAAGACAGCAGGUCCUAUGUCCGAGAUGCCCCUGCUUCUCUCGGAAACCUCCCCUGGUUAUGCUGUGAGUUGUGUAGCUUUCCCUGUUCAUGAGGGCCAACAGUCAAAGGCCCUGGCCAAGAGUGUAUAACUGGUUUUGGAAGGCUCUGGCUUGCACAUUGAAUGAGGCCUCCUGAACUUAUUUGGCCUUAGUCGCUGCUAGUACCUAUAUUAACCCUGAGAUAUUAAACUUUUCUUUGGAAAGUUUGGCCAGUUUUCAAAAUAUGCAUGGUGAAAGAGAAACUUGUACCAUUGCUUUUUAAAACACCAAAUUCAGAGAUGAACAAUAUGUACUAGUUAUACUCAGAGAUUAACGGUCUCAAACAUAUGUACUAAUUUUCUAGAUAUUUAAUAACCACUACAUUUUUUGCAUUAACAAAAUAUGGAUAACGAUAUAUGUGUAAAGGGACUAAUUUUUUUAAAAUUCAACAGCCUGUUUUCUUUUUUGAAUAGUGAUAAUGUCCUCUAUGUUGCUGUAGAUUAUACAUUCUCUUGCCUAAAUGUGUGUAAAAUGCGCUGAUAAACCGGAGUGCUACUUUUUAAAGAUAUUUCUGUGAUUUAUAAGAUAUAUGCUAUGUUAAUAUGAGCUUGUGCAGAGUGUUUAAAAGAAAAAAAAAAAAAAAAGAAGAGGCAUUUCCCCGUCCCCUAGUCUGUGACAUGUUUCAUAUGGAAGUUUUACAGGAAAACUCAACAAAGUCUUGACAAAUGACCAUGUGAAGCAUUGAGGCCAGUUUCUGUUUUUUGUUGCCUGAAAAGGGUCACAAAAACACAGGGCUUAGGUAGCUUAAUUCUUUAAUCAGAAAAGAUAAUUAUGAUUCAAGAUGAAUUGAGAUGGACGGUACACACUUUGUUCUUUAAAGACUGUUCACAGUGGACUGGGUAGGAUGGGGUUCAGUCAGGGAUGAGGCUGAUCUGCCCUUGCCCUGCCAGACCAGUUUCAAUAGCAAUCUUGCCUGUUAUUGUACUGAAAAUCUUAAGAUCAUGUUUAAAAUAUGUUGAUUCAAGCUUCUCUUUGUACUGCCCAGCCAUGGAUUCGGGGAACAUUUUUUUGAGUUCUGCAUUGGUAUAUGCAUGUAGAUAAGGAAUGAGCAUCUUUCUGCAGUC